AUGCGGUUUUUCGCCACUGUGGGCGGCUCUGUCAACGAUACGAGCAUCGAGGAGAAGGUCCUAGCCUCCAGCCCGAUAAUGGAGUCCAUUGGGAAUGCCAAAACCACCAGGAAUGACAACAGCAGCCGCUUCGGGAAGUACAUCCAGAUUGGCUUCAACCGACAGUAUCACAUCAUCGGAGCCAACAUGAGGACGUACCUGCUGGAAAAAUCCCGUGUGGUUUUCCAGCUUGUCCAGGCUGAAGAGGAACGGAAUUACCAUAUUUUCUACCAGCUGUGCGCCUCCGCCAAUCGCCCCGAGUUGAAAGAGCUUCGGCUCAGCAGUGCAGAAAAUUAUUUCUACACGACCCAGGGAGGAGGUGUGUUAAUAGACGGAGUCAACGAUGCCAAGGAUUUUGAAAACACCUGGAACGCCUUAACUCUACUGGGUGUGAAAGAGUCUCACCAGAUGGGCAUCUACAGGAUCAUCGCCUCCAUCCUCCACCUGGGAAACGUGCAGAUUGUGUCCGAGAAGGACGGAGAAAGCUGCUCCAUUCACAAGGAGGAUACAACCCUGAGUGACUUCUGCGAGUUGCUGGGGUUGGAGCAAGACCAGAUGAGGCAUUGGCUGUGUCACCGUAAACUGGUCACUACGUCGGAGACCUAUGUGAAGAACAUGAGCAGCCAGCAGGCCCUGAAUGCCAGGAAUGCCCUGGCCAAACACAUCUACGCUCAGCUCUUCAACUGGAUCGUAGAGCAGAUCAACAAGGCCCUGCACACCAACAUCAAGCAGCACUCCUUCAUCGGGGUGCUGGAUAUAUACGGGUUUGAAACAUUUGAGAUCAACAGUUUUGAACAGUUUUGCAUCAACUACGCCAAUGAGAAACUCCAGCAACAGUUUAACCUGCACGUGUUCAAACUGGAGCAGGAAGAGUACAUGAAGGAGCAGAUCCCGUGGACGCUGAUUGAUUUCUACGAUAACCAGCCGUGUAUCGACAUGAUCGAGGCCAAACUGGGUAUCCUGGACCUGCUGGACGAGGAGUGUAAGGUGCCAAAGGGCUCGGAGGAGAGCUGGGCCCAGAAGCUGUAUGACAGACACACCAGCAGCCCACACUUCCAGAAACCCCGCAUGUCCAACAUGGCCUUCAUCAUCAUCCACUUCGCAGAUAAGGUGGAAUAUCAGUGCGACGGUUUCCUGGAGAAAAACCGGGACACAGUGUACGAGGAGCAGAUCAACAUCCUGAAGGCCAGCAAGUACCAGCUGGUGGCGGACCUGUUCCAGGACGGGCGAGAGUCCUCGGGGACCAUCAUUGGGGGGAAAGGCAACAAGAUCAACAUUCGCCCAUCCCGGCCGGUCCUCAAAAUCCCCAACAAAGAGCACAAGAAAACUGUGGGCCAUCAGUUCCGUAACUCUCUGCACCUGUUGAUGGAGACACUCAACGCCACAACUCCGCACUAUGUUCGCUGCAUCAAACCCAACGAUGAAAAGCUUCCCUUCUCGUUUGACGCUAAGCGAGCUGUGCAGCAACUGCGAGCGUGUGGUGUGCUGGAGACCAUCCGUAUCAGUGCAGCAGGAUUCCCUUCCAGGUGGACUUAUCAUGAAUUUUUUCUCCGUUACCGUGUGCUGAUGAUGAAGAAGAACAUUCUUCUGAAUGAUAAGAAGGAGACAUGUAAGCGGCUGCUGGAGAUUGUGGUCAAGGAUCCGGACAAGUUCCAGUUUGGACGUACCAAGAUCUUCUUCCGGGCGGGCCAGGUGGCGUACCUGGAGAAGCUGCGGGCAGAUAAGUUCCGUGGGGCCUGUAUCUCCAUCCAGAAAACCGUGCGUGGCUGGCUCCAGCGAUCCCGCUACCGGAGCAUGAGGGCAGCGGCCAUCAAUAUCCAGAGGCACGUUCGGGGACAUCAGGCUCGCAGGUUGGCCGAGUCCCUGAGGCAGAGACGGGCGGCAUUGGUCUUACAGAAACAAUGGCGGAUGCUCGCAGUGCGGACCCAGUACCUACAGCUGCGCUCGGCCACCGUCACGAUCCAGGCUCACACCAGGGCCAUGUUUGUCAGGAAGGUGUUCCGAGAGAUGCUGAGGCAGCACAAGGCCACAGUGAUCCAGCGCUGCGUGCGAGGCUGGCUGGCUCGGCGACGUUACCGGCGGUUGCGAGCCGCGGUGAUUUACCUGCAGUGCUGUUGCCGGCGGAUGCUGGCCAGGCGUGAGCUCUGCUCCCUGAAGAUCGAGGCCCGAUCCGUCGAGCACUUCAAGAAGCUGACGAGCGGCAUGGAGAACAAGGUGGUGCAGCUCCAGAGGAAGGUGGACGAUCAGAACAAGGAUUACAAGACUCUGAGCGAGCAGCUGAUCUCGGUGACCGGCGCCCACCACGUGGAGGUAGAGAAGCUGCAGAAGGAGCUGGAACGUCAGCGGGAGCUGAACGGGGACGGGAACGGGAACCGGGUGAUCCCGCUCCAGGAGGAACUGGAGAAACUCCGCGCGCAGCUGGAGGAAUCCCAGAGCCAACGCAAAAUCCUGGCCGAGACCUACAGCAAGGAGAAGGGAGAACUUCAGCAGCGGGUGCUGGACCUGGAACGGGAGAACACUCUACUCAAACAUGAGAAGGAACAGCUGAACCGCAGUAUCCAGAGCCAGUCCCAGGACGUCGUAGAACAAAUGAGCCAGCAGAGCGCGCGGGCGAGUCAGCAGGCCGAGCGGGAGCUGGAGGAGGAGCGAUCGCGGUACCAGAACCUGCUGAAGGAAUACUCCCGGCUCGAGCAGCGCUACGAUAACCUGCUGGAGGAGGUCACACUCAUCAAGCACACCCCAGGCCACAGGAGAAACCCCUCCAACCAGAGCAGCCUGGAGUCUGAUUCCAACUAUCCCUCCAUCUCCACCUCCGAGGUGGGAGACACAGAGGACACACUGCAGCAGGUGGAGGAGGUUGGCCUGGAGAACGCCGCGAUGGACAUGACGAUAUUCCUGAAGCUGCAGAAGCGAGUGCGGGAGCUGGAGCAGGAACGCAAGUCUCUGCGAGCAGAGGCAGAGCGCAGAGAGGAGGCCAAGAGCCUGUCAAAUAAAUUCCAAAGUGUGAGAGACCCCGAGACAGCAGCGGAAAUGGCCUACGAGAGUUUGAAGCGUCAGGAGCUGGAGUCGGAGAACAAGAAGCUGAAGAACGAGCUGAACGAGCUACGGAAGGCGCUGGCGGAGCGGGGAACUGACCAGCUCUCUUCCCACGGGGAGGAAGAUUAUGGCCUGCUGCUUGGGCAGCUGCGGGCGGCCAACGAGGAGCUGGAGGUGCGCAAGGAGGAGGUCCUCUUGCUCAGGACCCAGAUAGUCAACAACGCACACCAGAAGGAGGCUCUCAAACAAAUGGAAAUAAUCGCGGAGAAAUACGAGUGGAAAAGAAGCAACGAGAACAUGGACAAGGACGACGCCAUUGAGGCUUACAACGGUAUCUGUGACACCAACAGCCAGGCUGAGGAUUGGCAAUACCUUAAUGAAGAUGGAGAGCUAGGCCUGGCUUAUCAAGGCCUAAAGGAAGUUGCCAGGCUACUGGAAGCCCAGCUCCAGAGCCAGAGCCGUCAGCACGAGGAGGAGGUGGUGCUGAUGAAGAGCCAGGUGGACACUCUGAAGGAGGAGUUGGAGAAACAGCAGCUGGUCCUCAACCAGACUCUGCAGCUGUCCCCCGAGGCUCGCAUCGAGUACAACGUGCAGCAGGAGCUCACCCGCCUCACCAACGAGAACCUGGACCUGAAGGAGCUGGUGGAGAAGCAGGAUAAGAACGAGAAGAAGCUGAAGAAGCAGCUGAAGAUCCACAUGAAGAAGGUCCAGGAGCUCGAAGCCCGAGCAUCAGUGCAGAGGGAGGUGAGGCCGGAGCUGACCAGGCAGGUCACAGUGCAGAGGAAGGAGAAGGAUUUCCAGGGAAUGCUGGAGUUUUACAAGGAGGAUGAAAGUCUCCUGAUCCGCAACCUGAUCACAGAGCUGAAGCCUCAGACGGUCUCGGCCACAGUGCCCGGCCUCCCCGCCUACAUCCUUUUCAUGUGUAUCAGACACGCUGAUUACAUCAACGAUGACCAGAAGGUUCACUCGCUCCUCACUGCCACCAUCAACGGCGUCAAGAAAGUCCUGAAGAAACACAACGAUAACUUUGAGAUGACGUCCUUCUGGCUUUCCAACAGCUCCCGCCUCCUGCACUGUUUAAAGCAGUACAGCGGUGAAGAGGAUUUCAUGAAGAGGAACAACCCGCGGCAGAACGAACACAGCCUCAAGAACUUCGACCUGACUGAGUAUCGGCAGGUUCUGAGCGAUCUCUCCAUUCAGAUCUACCAGCAGCUGGUCAAGGUCGCUGGGACCAUUCUGCAGCCCAUGAUCGUGUCGUCCAUGCUGGAGAACGAGAGUAUCCAGGGACUGAGCAGCGUGAAGCCUAUGGGCUACAGGAAGCGAUCUUCCAGCCGGGUGGACUGGGACAGUGGCUACACACUGGAGGCUUUGCUGAGGCAGCUGAGCAGCCUGUACAACACCAUGUGUGAGCAUGGCCUGGACCCCGAGAUCAUCCAACAGCUCUUCCGACAACUCUUCUACAUCAUCAAUGCCGUCACCCUCAACAACCUGCUGCUCAGGAAAGACGUGUGCUCCUGGAGCACGGGGAUGCAGCUCAGAUACAACAUUAGUCAGCUGGAGGAGUGGCUUCGAGGGAAGAACCAGCAGCAGAGCAGAGCUGUGCAGACCAUGGAACCUCUGAUCCAAGCUGCACAACUCCUCCAAGUAAACAAGAAAUCCAAUGAGGACGCCCAGGCCAUCUGUUCCAUGUGCACAUCUCUCAACACACAACAGAUUGUGAAGAUCUUGAAUCUGUACACACCCAUCAAUGAAUUUGAAGAGCGUGUGACAGUGGCUUUUAUUCGCAAUAUUCAGUCACACUUACAGGAUCGCAACGACCCUCCACAACUGUUGUUAGACUUCAAGCACACGUUUCCUGUCAUGUUUCCGUUUAAUCCAUCCUUGCUCAACCUGGACUCCAUUCACAUCCCAGCGAGUCUGAAUCUAAGUUUCCUCAACAGAGUAUAGAAUGAACAUGAUCGGCUGGGAACGAGAGA